UGUUAGUACCCAUUUUAUCAGCUCUAGUUCCCGCCGAUCGCAAAAUAAACUGUUUGGAAUGUUGUGAAAUUUAUUGUUUAUUCCCGCCCUCGUCCCUUUGUGUUUGUGCUGUUUAAUGGAAGAGAAGCGCUAUCUGAAGCGCAAGGAAAAGGCGCGCAGCGAUGGCAAUCGAGAUCAGGUGGCAGUCAGUUGCAACCAGCUGGGCGACUUCUACAAUCAGCAGGGCAAAUACACCGAUGCGGUCAGGGAAUAUGUCCAGGAGGCCCAGAUAUACGCCUCCAUGGGCAAGGAGCUGGAGACGGGCAAGGCCAAGAGGAUGGUGGGCGAGAUGUACACCCUGCUGUGCGACUACGAUGCAGCCAAGGAUCACAUCAACGAUUACCUGAAGAUUGCCAAACGCUUGAAGAACCAGGUGGAGGAGCAGCGAGCCUACGCCACUUUGGGACGUGUGCAUCUUCUCCAUGGCCAGAGUCUGGCAGACACUUCCGCUUCCGGGUCAAUGGAGCAACUUAAGCUGGCCGAGAAGAACUUCCUGCGCAGCCUCCUGCUAAUCAAAGAACUUUCAGGUCAGAUUUCGAAGCUGGAGCAGCUGGAUAUGCAAGCUCGCUGCUACCUGAACAUCGGCGUGGUGAAGGAGCACAUGGAAGCUUUCCAAGAGUCCAUCGACUACAUCGACAAAGCCAUAAAGAUCAGCAAAACACAUGAAUUGUGGGACCUGACCCAUUUGUGCUACAUUUCGAUGAGCUUGCUCUACAAUUGCAAAAAGAACGACGCAACGGCGGCACUUCGAUUUUGCAAUAUGGCAUUGGAGGUGGCGAAGCGGUUGCCAAACAAGGUUAAGAAGAUCUGCGAGACGCUAAUCACCAAAGCAGAGAUUCUUAUCAAGGCGGGAGACUUUGCCAGCGCCAAGCACAUACUCACCAAGGCUUACAAGAAAAACACGCCGGAUGAGAACGAUCGUGGGAAUAUUGAGAAGCAGCUAAGGAUCGUGGUCAAGGUCUGCCAGACGCUAGAUGAACUGGUCCUUACGAGUUCCGUAGACUACGCCAAGUUGAAGAGCCUGUACGAGAAACUGGGCGACGGUUGCUGUCAUCUAAUGAACUACGAGAAAGCUCUGACCUAUUACCAAAAAAUGUUGGAAAACGCUGAACUCAAUCAUGAAAGUGGCAAGAGCCUGGUGCCCAUCUAUGUGAGUCUCUAUCAGACGUAUCGAGACAACGGGCAGUUGGACAAGGCCUUGGAGUACCUGUGGAAAGAGUUCGAGUUAAACCAGGAUACUCCCUCAGAGGCGUUCACCACUCUCUGUACGAUUGCCGAGAUAUGCGAGCAACAGUCACAUCCUUUUUGGACUGUGCACGAUGUAUACCAAAAGGCUCUGCGGAUAGCCGAUAAGACUGGGAGCUCCUCCGACAAGCUGGUAAAGAUUGCUAUGGUGAGAAUGAGGAGGCUAAUGCUGAAGCAUAAUAUGCAAGUUCUUGUUGAAAAUCUGGAGACGGAUGCUACAGCCAAAGGCAUUGAUUUGGAUCAGGAAGAAAGCGUGGGCGACGAUGAUGAAGAUUCUGACGGCGGAGGCACUGCCGUACAGCAAAACACUCCCGACUGGGACGACGAUUUCGACCUGGCCACCCUCACCGACUCGGAUGCCAGUGAUCUGGAUGAGACUGAGAAACCACGUCCACAGAGAACCACACGCGGUAAUAGAACCCUCGUCAUUAAGAAGAACAACAAGGGCGAGACGCAGCUGCAUCAGGCGUGUAUAUCAGGCAAUCUGGAACUGGUGAGACGUCUAAUCGACCAGGGACACACAGUCAAUGUGCGAGAUCACGCUGGAUGGCUGCCAUUGCACGAGGCAUGCAACCAUGGUUUCCGGGAGAUUGUGGAGCUGCUCUUGGACAAGGGAGCCGCAUCUGCCAUUAACGACAAGGGCGGGACCAGUUGUGACGGAAUUACUCCUCUUUUCGACGCCUGCUCCAAUGGGUUUUUGGAUGUGGCUGAACUCCUGCUGGACCGUGGAGCGGAUGCCACUGUACGAACAGACUACAAUGAGACCUGCAUUGCUGGGCUGGACAAGUGGCGGCAGGGAGCGCAGCUGGUAGAUGGCGAACAGGCACAGUAUGCCCAACUUCGAGAGCGACUACUUCGCACGCUUUCCAAGGUGGGCAUCUGCAGUGAUAAGAAUGCCCGUCCUCUAACCAACGCCAAUGCAAAAAGAAUAAGUAGGGAAGAGCGUGGCAGCCUUUCAGAGGAAGAGGAUGAAGAAGAGGCUCUUCACGAGAGCAAUAGAAGAUCUUUAAGUCACAACCGUUCAGGAAGUGAGUAUGGAGCCAAGAAAUCCAGCAGCUCAACCCAACCAAGUGCCAGCAAGGAAUACCGAAGUGUUAUGGCGCAGCUAAAAAGACCCAACCGCUCCAACGAUGAUCCUCCCAGCACCAGCACUUUUAGCAAGCACAAACGGAAUGCCUUCCUAAGCGAAGAUGAGGUGGAUGCGGAUAACUGGCUAAUUGAUGAUGUGGGUCCGGAACGCAAACGCAAGCGUAUUAACUCUGGAGAUUUAAGUAGGCGUACCUCUAAGGAGAACUUUCAAGACUCCGCCUUGUCGUUGCCGGCAAACUGGGACGAUGAUCUGCUGCAGGCCACUCCGGAGACGGAAUACUCGCAGCGUCAGAAGCAAAUGCGUAAACUUACCCUCUCCCGUUCCUCCAGCAUGAGCAGCAACCAUAGCAGUUCGGCUGCGUCAAGUAGGAAAAAGCAUCAAGCCACUCUGUUGGAUAGUGGUUUCAGUCGCUUCCGGAGCGAAAGUCCUUUGGGCAGUGAGUCCUCGCAGGAUGGCACCACCUCGGUGAUCAGCGUGCGCACCAUUGAACCCGACUCCACCACAGGCACCAUUCAAGUGCUCAUCUCACCGGCAAAAUCGUCGCCCAUUAAGGUGCAAACUACUCCUGUUAUUGCCACAACUGUGUCAUUUAAAGUCAAAAUCCAGGAUGAGCUGUUGCUAGUGCCUAUCGAACGGAAAAAACUUCAGGAUAUUAAUAUUCGUUGGCUUGCUGAGGAAGCAGGAAGGCGUUAUAACAAGCUGACGGGCUUAACUCCUCUCCUACGGCUCAAGACUGCCGAUGGAUUUGCCUAUGAGGAAACCGAUGCGGUUAGUGUAGCCCUUGAGCAAAACAUGCUAAUGGCAACUAUUCUGGACUGGAAAAUAUCACCGCUUUCACAGCGAUAUGAAGAGAUGUGCCUUCAAGUGCAGAAGGCUGUGGACAACAAAGUCAAGGUGUUGUUGGAGCGUUCGCAAAGCACUAAUAUGCUAGAGCUCUCAGGCUUAUGGAUGCGGGCUGAAAAAACCGAACCCAUAUUUAAAGCACUUCUCCAUCAAGCUCGUCUCACCGUUUUGGAUCUAUCGCGCAACUUUAUUGGCAACGAGGGAUGUCAGCAGUUAGCAAAGUCACUGCCCACAUUGCUUCAGCUCAAGGCACUGCGAUUGGAAUGCAAUGCGAUUGGAUCCCAUGGAUUGGAGGCUUUGCUGUGCGGUCAUGGCUUGGAUAAGCUGGAGCUCUUGGAAGAGCUAAACUUAAAUCAGAACCCAUUGGGCAAUGCCAGCGUUAGGAUUCUUAGCAGAUAUUGUGCCAGCGCCGCUGGUCAAGCUUUGACUUCUCUUCAAAUUGCCCAAUGUGAACUGACGGAACUGCAGGAUUUUGACCUGGGAUUCAAUAAGUUGACGCGAUUUGAUAUCAGCUUUAAUCAACUCACCCAGCAGAGCGUGCGUCGGCUAACGGAUCAGCUUAAUAGUUGCCGGCUGGAGCAAUUGAAUCUCAGUUAUGUGCGUUGGCCCCUGGACGAGGCCAGUGGAUUUGCUUUGGGCGAACGCCUUGUUGCUCUCUUCGAAGGUGGCACCUGCGAACGAUUUGUCCGAGUGGAGCUCGCUGGCUGCGGCUUGAGCGAUGCUCAUAUGUACAAUAUUAGCCAGCAUUUGGCCAAAGCCAAGCAACUACAGUGGUUGGAUAUCAGUGAUAAUAGCAAUUUAAGUGGAACUACUCUUGGAUACAUAUUAGAUGAACUACCUCAAUUACGCGGUCUGUUGGCCGUUAAUUGUACCAAACUUCUGGAUGACAUUCGCCUUCAAAAGCUCGAACAACUGAAGCAGCUGCCCAGGCGCUUAGAAUUAACAGUUGAUGAGCAAGUGUUCUCCAUGCCAGGAGCCUUGGAAACACUUCAGUCCAUUUGGCAGCUGCAGUUUGGAGACAAGGCCAAAAUGCUGACGACAUCGAGUAGCCGGAAAAGUGGAAGACGGUACAAAGGUCUACUUAAACUACUCGCUGAUGGAAGCGAUGCGGAAUAGUAAAGUCUCAUCAUGUGUAAACCAUUUCAUUCUGUUGUAUGUCCCAGAGCACUUUUUUAUUGUUUGACAAUUAAAUAGCAAAUCUAAGUACA